AUGCCACCACCAAUUCCACCACGGGACUACCAAAGACGGCAAACAGCGGUGCAAGAGGGUCAAAUGGCGUCCGGAAACCUGUUUGGCCCCAUUUCGUGCGACCCCCCAGCCGUCCCUGCCGGAUCUGUCCAUCCAGUCCCGCUCCCCAGCUUCUACAAACAGGACAAGCCAAUCCAGACAAAUAACUUCUAUGGCAACCUGCUGGUUGGCGAGCAGACGCUUCCGGUGUGGACACAUCCAUACAGUGUGUGGUACAGCAAGGAACCGGACUUUAUUGGGCUCGGAAUUUCGCACACGGCCAACUCCCAGAAAGUGUUUGGCGACGACCCGAACGCCAACCCUGUCAAGUAUUUCUUCAAUCCGGUUGGCAUAUGUUCUUUGAUGUUAACCUCACAGCAAUUCCAGCAUGGCCACCAGCUGCUGGUUGGCGAAUGCGAGCGUUUUAGCUGCGGUGUCAAGUUCAGCUGCCCCAACGGAAGCAUGACGACCAAGCUGGUUCAGGGAAUGGGCUUUGUGACGGCAGUUUACGAGAAUAUCACCCCUAUGGUCAAGAGCAAGGUGGGAAUACAGAGCUUCCAGCAAAAACAGGGCUCAAGACUCAGGAAGUAUGUUGCUACGCUGUUUGACCAGACCAGCUGGGUGAUCUACUCCUUGGGAGACCUGCAACUGGCCGACUCGAACACAGUGGUGGGAACCGCGCCUGGCCUUGUGCAGGUCGCCAAACUCAGCGGCGACGAGCGGCCGUACGACGCCGCAGCAGGCGCCUACGUGGUUGACAUGACGCUUUCGGGCAGUGUUCAUGAAGUCGGAAGGUAUUGUUUCGACUACAAGCUUAACGGUGACUCCGCCAGCGGAAAGACCAUCCAGUGGGCUCUUCCGCACCAAUACACUGCAUUCGACCAAUCAACCGCCUCCGAGGCCGUCAACUUGGUUCUGGACUCCACAUGCAAGGGCCCGAUGAAAGCCUAUUUGACGAAGCAGUUUGUCAUGAACGAGCAGCCGUACCCGGCGGAGUUACGAUUUGAGCCAUGGUCUCAGCUGCGCGGCUCUACCGGCUAUUCCCAGGACAGGCUGAACCGCAUUCGACAGAUUGCGAACGAGGAAGUAGAGGCGUUUGACGUCGUCACUGCUUCCAACACAGACUCCAUGUACACUGCGGGUAAAAUCCUGGACAAGGGAGCGUUUAUGCUGUAUGUGGUGGCAUUCAUUCUGAAAGACGCCCAGCUCACCAGAAAACAGCUCGACAAGAUGAAACACGCUUUCCAUAGGUUUAUUUCCAACCAGCAGCAGGCUCCAUUGGUCUACGAGACCAAUUGGAAGGGAGUGGUAUCGACCGGUGGUCUGAACGACGGAAACUUCUAUGUCGACUUUGGAAACUGUUUCUACAACGACCAUCAUUUCCACUACGGAUACCAUAUCCACGCGGCUGCACUCGUGGCUCUGGCUGACAAAUCGUACGGAGACGGCUCUUUCCUCAAUUUCUCAAAACCGUGGAUUGAAACAUUGAUCAGAGACGUUGCCAACCCAAGCAUCGAGGACCGCUACUUCCCCGUGUUUCGCUGUUUUGACUUCUUCAACGGCCACAGCUUUGCCAACGGUCUAUUUGCUCACGGAGAUGGAAAAGACGAAGAAAGUAGCAGCGAAGACUACCACUGCUACUACGGGAUAAAACUCUGGGGUCUGGUUACCGGAAACAGCCAGCUGGACAAACUGGCGUCGCUUAUAUUGGCAAUUGAGAAAAGAGCCAUGAACAUGUACAUGCUGUACAGGUCGGACAAUACUAUUAUUCCUCCGAAUUUCAAGGCCAACAAAGUCUCAGGUAUACUGUUUGAGAACAAGAUCGACCAUGCCACGUACUUUGGAUUGAACAAGGAGUACAUCCACGGCAUCCACAUGCUCCCAAUCACUCCAGUCUCUUCUUAUAUCCGGGAUCCGCAAUUUGUCCAGGAAGAAUGGAAUGAGCAGCUGGGCUCUGUGGUUGGUAGGCUUGACGACGGAUGGAAGGGCAUUCUGAUGCUUAACAUGGCAUUGUUCGACCCGAAGUCGUCCUACGAGUUCUUUGCAGCCCAGAGCUUCCAGUACAAGUGGCUCGACAAUGGAAUGUCCCGCCUUUGGGCUGUUGCUUUCAGUGCUGGCAUCGGAGGUUGA